AUGGGGAUCUUUACGUGUUCACGAAAGUCAAGGGCGAACCCUUCCAAGUCAAUUGGCCACUGGAAGUCCGAAUCUCCCCCGGAGUACAAGGAGGCUAUUGCAUCCGACUACGCUGGCAGCAGCCACUCCUCCUCCCCCGACGGCUUCCUUGCCACAAGCGAGCUUCAGGUAGAAGCCAUGGGAUACGACACCAACCAGGCUCUCAGCGGCAGGACCCUCGAGAACAUUUCCGUCUACGGCAUCGAGUCCGGAGCACCGUUGCUGGAAAAGUACACCUCUAUUCGCCGAAAGCAGAGUUCCAACUCGUGCGCUUUAGUGCGCCCAUCCGAUCCACGCCAGAAUGCUCUCAUCUCAACCAUUUAUCGCUGGGGCCCGGGAAGACACCCCAGAAUGCGCAUCCUGCCCCGCGAUGCCGGCGUUUCGGUUGAGGAGGCUAUCAACGAUGAUGACCUGCGUGGAGAAGCCGUCGACGUCAAAAGCCGGUCGAUGAUCAGCCGUGCGCAGGUCUUUGACACGUCGCUCGGCAAGUUCGAGUGGCGUUACGGUAGUCAGGACGAGAAGACGGCUUGCAACGCAGAUUCGCUGCUCAUUCUCGAGCGCAUGGAUCGCAGCGUACUACCCGACGGCACAAAGACCAAGAGCGGCGCCCGAAUCGCUCAGCUCAUUCGAAACGACCAGUUCCGAACCCCCGGCUCGGGGAGGUACUCGGGGGGUAAUGGCGGUCGCUUGGUGAUGGAUUUGCGCGCGUGGGAGGACGAGAAGCAUGUCGGCGCCGACAGUGUGGAAGCUUUUGUCGUGGCGAGUUGUAUCCUGAUGCUGAAGAGAGAGGCCGAUCGGUUCAUCGACAACAACAUCGCCGCCGUGGUAUGA